AUGGCACAGCAUAGUGUCGAAGCGGGAGCUUCUUCAGAAGUGACCGCCCAUACAUCAACUGCUUCUGGACCACCUGCAACGUCGACGGGAGAGACCCCUGCCGACGCACCGACUGCACCAGCUGGAGACUUCCACAAUCCUGCACACUGGGCCAGUUUGACAGGCGGAGACAUGCUGGAAGUCGACGAUGCAGAUUCGGCUAUUAGCGCUGACAUUGCAAGCUCGACUGAGUCUAUAUCGUCAAGUAUCCUUCACUACCGGACGAUCAAUGGGAGGACAUAUCACUCUGAGCGAGGAAACGCCCAAUACUGGCACCAUCUAUUGUGUCUGUCGCUGGACGGCAAGCUGCACUUGGCGCCAUUGAAAGAUGACAUUCAGAGGGUAUUGGAUAUUGGGACAGGAACUGGAACCUGGGCGAUUGACUUUGCCGAUGAAUAUCCCAACGCUGAGGUUAUAGGAACCGACAUUUCUCCAAUCCAACCCGAAUGGAUCCCUCCUAAUCUGAAGUUUGAGAUCGAAGAUUGCACUCAAGAAUGGACGUUUCAGUCAGACUUUUUCGAUUUUGUUCACAUGCGUUAUCUUUAUGGAAGCAUCAGCGACUGGCCUGCUCUAUUCAAAGAAGCUUACAGAGCCUGCAGACCCGGCGGCUGGGUUGAAAGCCACGAGGCCUCACCUAGAAUGGAAAGCGAUGACGGCAGUGUAACCGAAGGCAGCGCUAUGAGCGAAUGGGGAAAGUUCUUUAUCGAAGGCGGCAAGAAACUCAAUCGCACUUUUGAGAUUAUAGACAAAGAUUUGCAAAUCCAGGGCAUGGAGGAGGCUGGGUUUGUCGAUGUAAAAGUCUGGGACUACAAGGCACCUAUUGGAGGCUGGGCAAAAGACGAUCGGUGUAGAGAAGUCGGCCAGUUUGGUCAAGCUGCUCUUGAGCAGGACUACGAGGGGUACGUUAUGUACAUGGCUAACGUGGCUCUUGGGUGGUCGAGGGAGGAUGUUGUGCUUUACUGUGCGCAAUUGAGAAAGGAGGUUCGUUCAGGAAAGUUCCAUCCGUUCUACCGACAGCGCAUUGUAUAUGGUAGAAAACCGGAAUAG